AUGCGAAUGUCUGUCCUAUCUGUCAGCAUCACGUCCGAACUACAAUACCUACAAAGAUGGCGAUGGCAACCAAUUUUGUUACUCUGGGUGAACUCUGGUCCAGCCACGUUGAAAUGGAGGAAGAAGAAGAUCGAUUGGCAAACAGACGGCUGGAGAGACUGGAAGGUGAUUGACUGGAAGAAAGAAGAUCUAUUUGGGAAAAAGAUAGACCACAAAGUAUUGAACAAAAUUCGCUUCGCCCUCCCCACAUUGGAACUGGUGAAAGCAUUCUACCCAGAAGCAACAUCGGUGGGAGAGAAAACCUACCGAAAUAUAAAAUUGAGGCUUCUCGACUGGAACCUCUGUAGAGCAUUGAUCAUGAGCCCACGGCAGGUAGCGUGUCAGUUACGAGGAUCUAUGGCUCAAGCGGAGCUCUUUAAUAAGGCGGUGGAACCACUUAAACAUACUAUGCGUUCCAGAGAGCUGACGUCGGAGGCCCUUUCAACGGACGGGGAGGCUAAUUAUACGUCCCGAAGUAAAAGGAGACGGUGUCAAUCGUCCAGCUCAGACGACGAGUACCCGGUCAGAACCGAGAAACCAAUGAAGAGGAGGCGGCGAGUAUUGUCUUCGAGCUCGGAGGAGGAUGUCAAUGAGACAAGGCUACGCCGCGUGGAAAGCAUGGUCGAGAAUCUUUACCACUUGGUCUCAGGAAAUAAAGAGAACGAUGGCAGCGUCAUGAAUUCGACGUGGCAAGCUCCAACUCCUACAGGUGUAUGA